CUCUGCUGAGUCUGCCUCAUACUUCAUAGUUCAUACUAUAGUCCUAUGGUCUUGGUGUGUCAAAUAAUGUAAGAAAUAUAUGCAAAAAAUUUCGUUGAUUCGCAUAUAAAUUUUUUACGUUAAUUAAAUUGGAUUGUUCGGGUUUUUCAUUCAUUUUGUUCACGCACAUCAAUACUUAGGUAUCUUAAAUUGUGUAAUGUACUGAAGAAUCGAAGCCAACCAACAUCAAUAAUUGUUCCAUGAAUUCAUAUUAAACAGGUUUACAUGAAUAACCAAGGGAGCUGACAAAAUGUUCUGGUUAAGUUUUUUAAAGCAGUCAACACUUGUGCAUUUAUGUUUUGCAAUAUCAUACUUUACCUCUGGCCUGCUGCUAAAUUUUGUGCAGGCAAUUUUAUAUUUUGGCCUUCGGCCAUUUAAUAAAACAUUGUACAGAAAAAUAAAUUACUACCUCUCAUAUUCAUUUGCAUGUCAAUUGGUGUUUAUGUCAGAAUGGUGGGCAGGAACAAACUUAACAAUUUAUGUUAACAAAGAUGAGUAUGAUAAAUACUAUGGUAAAGAACAUGGGUACCUUAUCAUGAAUCAUAGUUAUGAGAUAGAUUGGCUGAUGGGAUGGCAAUUUUGUGAUGGUAUAGGAGUAUUAGGAAAUUGUAAAGCAUAUGCGAAGAAGUCUAUCCAAUAUAUGCCACCAAUCGGUUGGAUGUGGAAAUUUUCCGAGUUUGUGUUCUUAGAGAGAUCUUUCGAUAAGGACAAGGAAAUUAUAAAGCAGCAGAUUGGAAAAAUUUGUGAAUACCCCGAUCCUGUCUGGCUAUUACUGACACCCGAAGGAACUAGAUUCACCGAAAAGAAACACGAGGCGUCAUUGAAAUUCGCUAUGGAGAAGAAUUUACCGCUUCUGAAGCAUCAUUUGACACCUCGCACUAGAGGAUUUACGACAAGUCUAACUCACUUCAGAGGAAAAAUACCUGUCAUUUACAACAUCCAGUUGGCCUUCGAGAAAGAUGCCAAGGUCCCGCCGACAUUAAUGAGUAUGUUGUUUGGUAAGCCCGUGCAUGCGCACUUGUAUAUUGAGCGAAUACCAGUGGAGCAGAUUCCAGAGGGAGAAGCCGAAAGUGCCAAAUGGCUGCACGAUCUCUUCGUCGUAAAGGACAAAAUGAUGGAAUCGUUUGCGAAUACGGGUGAUUUCUUCCAAGAGUCUGGUGUGAAGAGAGUGGAACCGUUCCACCGUCCCCCUCGCGUCUAUUCGCUGUUAAACACGGUGGGAUGGGCCAUCGUAACCCUCACUCCGAUGCUCUAUUACUUAGUGGGACUUCUGUUCAGCGGAAGACUCAUCUACUUCUCGAUUGGCGCCGCUAUUGUCGCAGCUUUUUACAUACUCCUUCAAAAAUCGAUCGGUAUGUCCCAAAUCAGCCACGGUUCUUCGUAUGGAACAGAGAAAAAGUAGCAUUAUGUGCUACGUAUACUAAUCGUAAUGACAAAGUACUAAUUCUAUGUUAAAUGACAUUGUUGAACAUUUGUUCUAUACUUAACGGAAUAUAAAAAAACUACAUAGCGUAUCCUCCAAAAGUAUUUUUGUAUUGAUUUGUGUAAAUUGUAUAAAUUCUAUUUUUCUCUAGGAUUUCAGAAAAAUAUGCACAAAUAGUUAAAUUUUUUCAUAUAUUUCCAAAGGGUUUAAAAAAAAAAUUUUGUGUGGUGUGAGUUAAUUUUGUAAAAUUUGAGAUUACUCUAAUAUUAUAAUUUGUUAACUAUGGUAGGCAUAUUUGUAAUUCAAGAAUUUUUAUACAGGACUUCAAUUUGCAAAGCGUAAGCAAAAAUGCAUUCAGCAGUUUAAUGUAUAAUUACGAGAGCUAUUGUAGCUCACACAUUUAAACAUCUGUUACGAGAGACACCUAUUACUUUAAAGUGCCAGAAGACGCUCCAAUCCACAAGAUAAAGUAUAUUUUUAAAGAAACUAGUUUGUGUGUAUUCUAAUAAAUAUUCUUGUAUAACAUUAUUUCUAUGAUAUAAGGAUGUUGUAUUACUGUUUAACGAGUGCUGGUUUUGUUCUAUGACUACUUUUUGUAACUUAAAAUUAAUGAGAGAAAUAUUUAUUGUUUGUAAACUAAAAAUGGCACUUUGGUGAUGGUAUUACUUGAUCUGGCAUCAAUCUGGUUUUGUCAGUUUUGUACUCCUUAUAAUAAUUUCUGUAACCAUAUAUGUGCCGUGUAUUUUAUUGGUAUCACAAUCGGCACAAGCGCUUUUAACGUGCAAUUUUUUGUGUGAUAUUAGAUAGUUUGUUUUUAUUUGUCAAGUCCGAAGCAUAAAUAUACAAAAUUCUCAAUACAAAAGUCAGUUAUCUCAUUCAAAUUUGGGAACUCAAACAUUGUAUAAUUGGUUUGUAAUAUUUAGAUGAAAUAAUUACAAUAUAUUUAUGUACAUUGUUUUGCAGUUGUUGUAGCAAUUUUUAUUAAAAACUUUCUAAAUA